AUGUACGGUCAGCCGUGGAACACGCCAACGACAUUGCACUCCCUCGUUGAAUCCGUGACACGCGAGUCCGGUGAGGCGGCCGCAGCUCGGGCCGGCACUAGCAAGAGUACAGUACCUCGUCUCGCCGUGUCUCGGUCGCUGCCAUGCUCCACUACUGUCGUACAGGAGACUGUGACCAACACCGGACGAGUGGUAUCUACGGUUGCAACAGGAGCGGCCGCGCCUUCUUCGUUACUCACAGGCACCGACACACCAACACCGCUAUGGAGGUCCACGGCUACCACGGCCGCCGUGCGGGCCGAGCACUUGCGUGAGCUCGAGGACUUCCUCGAGCAGCGCGGUGGGCGAGGCACGUCGAUGGAGGGCCGACACAAGGUCAUUCAGAAGGCGCUCUCCCUCCUGCCUGUCGUGUACCCGCCCCUCGCCAAGGUGGCGGAGCCGAUGCAGCGCUACAUCGAGGACGUAGCUGCGUCGCUGCGCCGCGCCGCCACGGAGAAGGCAGAAGCGCUGCAGCAUCAGGAGAGAGAGCUGUACGGGCAGUUCGAAGCGUUUUUCGAAGGGAAGAUACGCGAGCUCAUGCGGGCGAGGAAGCAGGCAGAGGAGGAGGCAAAGGCGGAGCACGCUGCCGCCUUCGCCCUGCGUCAGGAGCGCGAUGUGGAGCUGAUGGCGGUGAAGGAGCAGCUGAUGCAGCGCAUGAACACUUGCGAGAAGACGGAGGAUCAGUUCCGCGACUUCCGUCACCUGAUCGCGUCUGUGUUCAACACCAAUCAGCAGCUGAACCUCCGCAUUGAGCAGCUGGAGGAGGUGCUAGCGCGCCACCGCAUCGAUCUCCCCCCCGCCAGCGAGGAGAUGAUGGCGUUCCAGACGUCGUUGGACGGGCAGCGAUCUUUUGUGCCUCAGGCCUCGACCGUCGACGGCGACGGCGACGAUGACAGCAGUAGCGGCGGCGGUGGGGUGCGUGGCGGUCGCAACAAGUCGCACAAGCUGCCGGUGAAGUUCAUGGCCGCUGCCAAGCAGGAGCUGGUGAACUCACGCCUGACGCUGCAGGAGGAGCUACUGCACUCCGCCUUCGACGACCACUCCGCCUACCGCAUGCGCAUUACCGGGCUCAAGCAGCAGAAUCUGGACCUCAGCUUCACUGUGUCAGAGCUGGAGGAGCAGGUGCGGGACUUGUACACGUACAUCCACGAGAAGCGAUUUGCGCGGCAGGUGGAUGAGCAGGGCAACGAGAUUGCCGUGAUGACGCCGCGACCGCGCGGGGUGCCGCUGGCUUUGCAAACGGAGCUCGGCAUCGACCUUCGCCAUUCCACCGCCAACAUCCUGUCCGAGCUUUCCACUUUGUCGAUCAACAUGAAGCACCAGCUCAACUCCGCCCUCCUGCGUGCGCGUCAGCUGCACACGCUGUCAGCGUGGCUCGACGAAGGGAACGAGACCUCUGUCAGCGGUGGCGGGGUCGGUGGCAUGCUGGAGCGGGUCUCGGAGGCGGCCGCCAUUCCGGUGUUCCCCGUUUCCGCGUGGCCGUCGAUUCCGCACUUCCUGCGCACCUUCAUCGCCCCCGACGUGCCGAACUACUUCUGGACGGAAACCCAGGCGGCGUGCAUCCUGUACAACUUUUUCAAACGCUACAAGGCGAUUCGUCGCCGUGCACGUUUCGUGCGGGAUAACAAGAUGCUCGCCCCACGCGUCUACCAGCUCUUCGAGCACCGUGAGGUGCUGUUGACGCGACUGGACGCGGGAAAGGAGGAUGUGGCGGCGGCAGAGGAAAACACGCCAUUCGGCUACGUGGUCACACAGUUCGCCCGCGAGGUGCUGGCGAACCUGUCCCCGCAGAACACGCAACCGCAUCUGCCGCUCGUGUUGCCCGGCACCGUCGCGCUUCGCUUCCCCCAAACAAGCAGCACACCGUCCCAAAGCAAAUCGCUCCAAAGCGGCGACGUCGUGGGUGACGGCAUGCACGGCCCCGGAUCGCAACGGACCCCGAUAGCCGACGAGCGACUGACGGUGAAGGACUGCCCGUGGAAGGAGGCUGCCCCGAUCGUGGAGUUCGAGUUGGCGCGUUUCACGUACAACCUGUGGUACGCGGCGGUGCGCUACCAACCGUCGCAGCCGCUCUGCGAGCUGUUCCUCAAGCUGGUCGAUGGCCAGGUGCCCAUGGAGACGUUCGAUUUGAUGGAGACGGUGCUCGGCCGACUGCGGCGGCGCAUCGAGGGGCUGGACAGCGACGGCACUCGCCGCUUUGCAUACUCGCGGCUGGUGAAGGCAGUAGUGCGAUCCGUGUCCGACAUGGACGCCAAAGUCGGGCUGCGCGCCGUCCAGGCGGUGGCACAGACCUUCGAGGCGAACCACAUGCCGCUAUACGGUGGCACCCUCGGCUCGGUAGCUCUCUUCGCUGAUGAGACGUACUGCACGCGAGAAUCACUUACCGCCUCGUUAGAGAAAGGCACGAUGCGGGCCGUGGUCGGCUGCGCAGCGGACAACACGGCUGCGGCAGCAGCGGCGAAGCAGACGAUACGGACGCCGCUUCCGUCGUCCUUGAUCACCCACGAAGUGCCACUGCCGAAGUCGUUCACAGCUUCCUCGCCACCGUCGAUGCUUCCUCCCAUAGGGGCCACGUGCAUCAUACGCUUCUGCCGCCACCUCGUCCACGACACGCUGGAAGGCCUCUACAUCCGCAUCGAAGCCGCGUUGUGCCCGCUGGUGGAGGAGAGCGAGGUGGUGCUUGGCCUCUACCUGCUUCCUCUUCCUCGCGCAAAGGCGGCGCUGGCGGCGCUGGACGAAGUGACGCGUGAAGAGGGCAUCCACGCUGCCCUCGUCGGAUCGACGGGGACGGGCGACGACAACUCUCUUACGCGCGCCACGUUUGGUUGCAUCUCUGCGGCGGCCCGUGCAGGGGCGAAGCUCAGGCCCGAGGCGGCAGAUUUGCUCGGCGUACACGGCUUGACGAAGGACUACAUGAACCUGCUAGAGUCGCGCAAGAAUGUGCUCAAGGACAAGCAGACGGAGGACCGGCACGUUGCGACACGCAUGGUGGACAAGGUGGUGCAGGGGCUGCCGCACUUCAAGACGUCUACCCACUUUCCCUUCCGCGGCAAAAACGCCGCGUGGCUCGGUGAGUCUGGGGGGCCGGGCGACGGCGAUGAGGAGCCGAGGGCAGACUCGCCGCACGAGGCUGACGCGACUCUCCGCAACACCGCUUCCGCUAGCAGCCGUGGGAAUGGCCUCGACAAAAACAGUGCCAAGAAGGGUGGGAGGCGGACGACCACGCAAGAGACGGUGGCAACGCGCCGCAGCGGGCAACCCCCUGUGCAGGGCAGCAGGGAAAACUCCAAAACCAAGGCGCGACGGUCCCCGCAGGUCAAGCGCAGCAAUAAGGGGAAGGGUGGCCAGGCAAGCUCACUCUCGUUCGAAGGAGGCCGCGUUGGCGCAGCGGAGAGCGAUGAUGCCCUAUGGAGCGGCACUGCCAAGGCGCUGCUAGCGGCGUCGGAGGAAGGCAACCUGGUGGAGUGGUACAGCCUCCGGCACGCGCUGCGUUGCACCUUGCCCACCCUUCCAUGGCAAAUCUUUCAACCUGACGAGCAGGAGCAGGAAACAACGACGGCUGCGUCAGUUGCCCCGACGCUGCCGCCGCUGGUAGCGUAUGAGGAGGCUGCACCACACUAG